GGGGCACGAUGAUUGUUCAACAAAUAUUGGUAAUAAAUAUUUAGACCUUCUUAACUGGAUGGCUCCCGAGAAAAUGCAAAAAUACAAAAAUACAAAUAGUUCUUUAUCUCCAGAGACUGAUGCUGAACUGUACCCAUAUACACAAAAAUGUGAAAUAUUUAGCUUUGGUAUGCUAUUAUGGGAACUUACUUAUCAAAAGAUUCCUUAUAAAACCGAUGAUAUUCAAGUCAUAAUUGAAAAGGUCACAACUGGUAAAAGAGAAGAAUGUAAUGUUGUUUCAGUUUUAGAGCCUGAAAAUGAUAUUAUUCAAAAUAAUCUCAUAUCAAUCAUCAAAAAAGCAUGGGAACAUAAUCCAGAUGUAAGAAUCAGCCUUGAACAGCUUUACAUAGAUGUAUCAAAUUUGUCUAAAAAAGUAAUUCCGGGUAAAGAACCUGCUAUUUUAACCAUUAACAACAGCAAAUCUGAUGAACCCCAUGAGAUAUUUUUAAGUGAAGUGUCUGAAUUUGAUGAUUGUUACAUUACUGAUUAUUCAGAUUUUGACCAAAUUUUAUUAGUUGAGGAAGGAAUAAAAUUACAUAAAACGGGCGAUAAAGAAAAUAGAAAAAAAGCCUGGGAAUGCUUUAAAGCCAAUGCUGAUUUAGGAAAUGUAUCUGCAAUCUAUUGGAAAGGUUAUUAUUUACAUGAAGGUCACUAUACAGAUAACAGAACUGAUGAACAAAAGAAAUGCGAUAUAGAAGAAGCUAAAAACCUUUAUAAAACUGCUGCUGAUAAAAAUUAUCCUGAUGCACAACUGCGUUAUGCUUGUUUAUUACCAAGAGUAAAAGAAAAUCGUGAUGAAUUUCUUAAAUAUUUAACAUUAGCUGCUGAUAAUGGUAAUAGUGUCGCCAUGUAUACUUUAGCUGAUAUGUAUUUAUAUGGAAAAGUGAUUCAGAAAAAUUCUGAAAAAGGUACAAGAUAUUUGAAACUUUCAGCUGCUUCUAAAAAUGAAAAAGCUCUUACAUUGGCAAAAACAUUGAAAAUACAAGAUUUAUAA